AUGUACCUUUUCUAUAUUUUGAAUCUAACGAACAAAGCAGCAAGCCUAGAGGAUUGUUUUACACAUACAACUAAGGAAGCUCUACAGUAUGUUAAACCACUGGGCUCCAUUAUCACGGAAUUGAUGAACGGUUACGUCAAAGAAGGGGCUAUUGGUGUUGAUGACCUGCAUCGUUGGCCACCUGGUUCAAACGCCGUUACCUUCCUUUCGGAAACCACUUCUGUGGUUUCCAUUUUUGAAUUGACAAAACAUCCGCUGCUCCAGCUCCCGUGGCGGAAGGAUAUGCUUGUAGGGGUGGUCUCUUUCGCCACUGUCGGAACGCGAAUAGGGUACAGUUACUCGCUUCCUGUAUGUUAUUCACUUAAGUUCACUCAUCAUACAAAGAACGCCUAUGUGCACAUCCUUCUCAGCAAGUAUCGUGCCGCCAUGGAAAUCAUACAGAUAUAUGCUAUUUCUGUUGGUAGUUUCUUUCUUUUCCUUUUGCUUAUCAGCCCCCGUUCCUAUGUCAAGCUAUUGAUAACAGCCGUCUCGCUGCCAACCUAUAGGCACCUCAUUUACCCGCGGAUCAUCCGCCGUUAUCGAUACGUGGGCCCAUGGAGUCGAGCCUCGGUUCUUUUGCAGUUGUGUUACAUCCUCGUGAACACGUUCUGUAUCAGUUUUAACGUUCCAAAUGUCUUCACAGCCGGAUCGCGAGCCGCACAUCUGUCCUUGAUCAAUAUGGUCCCCAAUUUCGCCGGUCCUCAUCUAAGCUUUCUCGCAGAUAUCCUAGGGGUCCCUUUGAGCACUUACCAAUCGAUUCACCGCUCUAGUGGAAUCAUGUCGAGUUUACUUUUACUUUUCCAUAUAAUUACCAUACCAGGAAGCCAGAAACAAUUUCCCCUGCAGCUCACAGAAAACCUUUGGGGUCUUGUUGGCGCAUCUUCUCUACUUCUGCUCUCAUUACUCUCCAUUCCUGUUCUUCGGAGAUAUUCAUACGAGAUAUUCAUCCGCACCCACCAAGUUUUGGCAAUUUUUUCGGUAUAUUCCGUUCGGCGACACCUAGAGCAGAAACCACUUGUUUUACAGAUUUACGUUUACAUCUAUAUAGCCACAUUCUUUGCAGCACUUCUUCUUCAAGGGUUCUUUAUACGCCGAUGCCAGGCUCGCAUAGCUCGUUUUGAAGAUACCAUCAAGGUCGAAUUAGCUCUGUCUCGGCCACUGAAAGUCAAAGCAGGGCAAUACAUCAAUCUGUGGAUUCCAUCAACAAGCUUCUGGUCUAUCUUCCAAAGCCACCCCUUCACCGUCGCAUCUUGGUCCAAUGGGGAUCAGGAAGUCUUGGAACUUUUCAUUGAGCCUCGCGGAGGUAUGACUAAGAAAUUACUACAAGGCCUUACGCCGAAUUCUGAUAACUUAUAUCCUGGCAUUGAUGGAUCGCUUCCCCGCCUAGCCCUCUUCAGCGGACCACAUGGAGUGAGUGCACCUGUUGGUGAUUAUGAAACGGUUCUACUGGUAGCAAGCGGCUCGGGUAUAGUAGCGCAGCUACCGUACUUGAAGCAGCUAAUAUAUGGGCAUAACGCUCACAAGUCUCGUACUCGACGUGUGCAUCUGAUAUGGCAACUAGAAAGCAUAGGAACUGGUAUCGCGGUACAAUCGAUGAUUAAUCAGAUAUUAGAGAACGACACGUUUCGUAUCCUCAGCAUCUCCAUGUACAUUAAAUCGGGAGGUACACAGUUGGUAACCGUAGUCAGAAAAGACAGUACAGCACCUCGCCGUACGAAACUUGUGAAUGGAGAUACACAGCUCGAAACAAUACUGGAAGAAGAAGAGGUGACGGUUCCCAGCAAGCUGGUCAAUGUGAAAGAUGGGUCUGCUGAUCUCAAGACGAUUCUCCAAGAAGAAAGAGAGGGGAAGUAUAUAAAUAGAUCACCGGGGGAGGUAGGCGAGGGAAGCGAUAUUCUAAUUACUGUGUCGGGAGCCGACGAAUUGCGAGAUGAACUUCGGGAUCUUGUGCUCCCCUAUAUAUAUGACCGGGUAAAGCUUAUUGAACUGGAAUAUCAACCAGCGUAA